UUGCAAAGCAGGCUAACCGGAAGUAAAGGGGGAAAUUCGAGCACUUCCGGGAGCUACACGCAGAAGCCAUCAUGUUAGACCACGAAGAAGAAAGUGCCUCAGAGUCUGAUUCUGACUUUGAUCCCUCAGAACUGACAGAUAAAGAGCUCCAAGAAGCAUUCGCUCAGGGAAAGCUAAAGCCCGGCUUAAAUGUGGUGCUGGAAGGAAAGAAGAAACCAUUUAAUGAUUUGCACGGCCUAAAGCAGAGUCUUAAUGAUCUGAAGAAUGAAUUGCCUUGGCUCGAACGCUUGGAUGUUACAGAAGCACUAGAGGAGAAGGGAGAGGCUUCCCACAAAGCACAGACAUCCGACAGCAUCAACGCUGAAGAUGAUUUUCAAAGAGAAAUGUGCUUUUACCGACAAGCACAAGCUGCAUUACUAUUUGCUCUGCCUCGUCUCCAUAAGCUGAAAGUAUCUACAAAACGACCGGAUGAUUACUUUGCAGAGAUGGCAAAAAGUGACCAGCACAUGCAGAAGAUUCGCCACAAGCUCCAGACUAAGCAGGCAGCUAUGGAGAAGACAGAAAAGGCUAAACAGCUGCGAGCUCUUAGGAAAUAUGGCAAAAAGGUGCAAAUCGGUGUUUUGCAGCAGAGACAGAAAGAGAAAUCCUCCAUGAUGAUGCAAAUUAAAAAAUAUCAGAAAGGUCUUUCUGAUAAAUUGGACUUUUUGGAAGGAGAUCAACCUCAAAAGAAAAAUGAUGGCUCAGGUUUUAAGAAACAAAAAAAAGGACCCAAUGCCAAGCGACGUUACAAGGAUCAGAAGUUUGGAUUUGGUGGGAGAAAGAAAGGCUCUAAGAGAAACACAAGAGACAGUGUUAAUGAUGUGUCUAGUUUCCGAGCCGGUGUGGCACAUGCAAAGGGUCAACAAAGGCCUGGGAAGAAGGGAGCCAAAAAUGCCAGUAAACGACCUGGUAAGAGUGUGAGACAGAAAAUGAAGAAUAAAGGCCGGUAAAGUGCAGGUUCUAAAGCUCCUGUGUCAUAAUCUGAUGGUCUAGUUCAUCACAAAUUCUGUUACCCUGGAAUAUUGAUCUUCUAGAGACUGGGAGUGUUUCCCAAGAAUUCUCUUAGUGUUUGGAGAAACAGAACUUCAGAGAUUUAUUUUCCUUUUAUUUCAAAGGACAAAAAAAUGAAAUAACAGAAUCCUGUUUAUAAAACCGUACAGUUUGUAUGCGCAUUUGUCAAUAAAACUUUAUUUCAACUAUA